AGAACAUGGCGCUCGGGCCGCCGCCGCCGCCACCGCCGGGGAGAACGGAGGGUCCGGGGUCGCGCUGACCAGCCGUCUCUGUGGCCGGGUGUAGAUGCUGCCCGUCGCCCGCCGGAGAGCGGAUCGGAUCGACGCCCCGCCGGGCCGCCCGGCGGAUGGGGCCAGCCGCGCACCCAGCGAGCUAGCGGCCGCCCGGCCCGGCACACCCGGCGAGCCAGCGGCCGCCCGGCCCGGCGCACCCGGAGCGUUAGCGGCCGCCCGGCGCGGCGCGGGGCCCUGGAGCCCAGCGGGCAUCUGGCCAGCGGGGGACUGUGGCAGGAUGUGUGGACGACGAUGAUGAUGGCCCGGAAGCAGGACGCGCGCAGCCCGACCUACCACAUCAGCGUGGUGGGCCUGUCGGGGACGGAGAAGGAGAAGGGCCAGUGCGGGGUGGGCAAGUCGUGCCUGUGCAACCGGUUCGUGCGGCCCAGCGCCGACGAGUUCCACCUGGACCACACGUCGGUGCUGAGCACGAGCGACUUCGGGGGCCGGGUGGUGAACAACGACCACUUCCUGUACUGGGGGGAGGUGGGGCGGGCGUUGGAGGACUGCGGCGAAUGCAAGAUGCACGUGGUGGAGCAGACGGAGUUCAUCGACGACCAGACGUUCCAGCCGCACCGCAGCACGGCCCUGCAGCCCUACAUCAAGCGGGCGGCGGCCACCAAGCUGGCCUCGGCCGAGAAGCUCAUGUACUUCUGCACGGACCAGCUGGGGCUGGAGCAGGACUUCGAGCAGAAGCAGAUGCCGGAGGGCAAGCUGCUGGUGGACGGGUUCCUGCUGUGCGUGGACGUGAGCCGGGGCAUGAACCGCAACUUCGCCGAGCAGCUGCGCUUCGCCUCGGGCCUGCACGCCCAGCUGGCCAAGACGAAGAAGCCCGUGGUGCUGGUGCUGACCAAGUGCGACGAGGGGGUGGAGCGCUACAUCCGGGACGCCCACGCCUUCGCCCUGAGCAAGAAGAACCUGCAGGUGGUGGAGACGUCGGCCCGCUCCAACGUGAACGUGGACCUGGCCUUCAGCACGGUGGUGCAGCUGGCGGACCGGGGCCGCGGCAAGGCCAAGAUCGUGCCCUACUUCGAGGCCCUGAAGCAGCAGAGCCAGCAGAUCGCCGCGGCCAAGGACCGCUACGAGUGGCUCGUGAGCCGCCUGGUCAAGAGCCACCAGGACAGCUGGCCGGGGGCCAGCCGGCAGCUGCAGGCGGCCCCGGAGUUCCAGGACUACGUCUACCUGGAGGGCACGCCCAAGGCCAAGAAGCUGUUCGCCCAGCACACGCUGCGCCUGCGGCACGAGCACGUGGAGCGCCGGCGCCGGCUCUACCUGGCGGCCCUGCCCCUGGCCCUGGACGCCCUGCUGCCGGACCUGGAUGAGAUCGACCACCUGAGCCGGGGCAAGGCGGAGCGGCUGCUGGAGAGCCGGCCCGACUUCCCGCGCUGGUUCGUCGUCCUGGAGGCCACGCCCUGGGACGCCACCAGCCACGUGGACCAGGCGGCCGACGACCGCAUCCCCUUCGACCUGCUGGGCACGGGGCCGGCCGAGCGGCUCUACGCCGCCCACGUGGACAAGCUGCGCGGCGAGCGCAAGCGGGCCGAGGCGCGCCGGGCCUUCCGGGCCCACCUGGAGGCCUCCCCCUUCGUCACGCCUGGCAAGCCGUGGGAGGAGGCGCGCAGCUUCGUGCUCAGCGAGGAGGACUUCUCGCCCUGGCUGGACGAGCCGGCCUGCCUGGAGCUGUACGGCAGGCACCAGCGGCGCCUGGCCGAGCGGGCCCGGGAGGACCUGCAGGAGCUGCUGCUCGAGUUCUCCGAGCUCUUCUACGAGCUGGGCCUGGACGCCCAGCCCAGCAAGGAGAAGAUGGCCGUCAUCCAGGAGGUGCUGGGCGACGAGCCCCGCUUCCAGGCCCUGCGCCAGCUGCAGCCCGAGCGGGACGCCCUGGUCCUCAAGCACGUCCACUUCGUCUACCACCCGACCCGGGAGACCUGCCCCGCCGGCCCGCUCUGCGUGGACGCCUGGGUGGAGCGGGCCCUGGGCCCCCGCCGGCCCGGGGCCUCCGACCCGCCCCCCGGCCGCGUCAACCUGGUGGUCCUGGGCCAGGACGGGCUGGCCCGCGAGCUGGCCAACGAGAUCCGGGCCCUGUGCACCGGCGACGACCAGUUCGUCGUCGAGGGCCAGGUCUACGAGCUGGCCCUGCGGCCCAUCGAGGGCAACGUCCGGCUGCCCGUCAACGCCUUCCGCACGCCCACCUUCCAGCCGCACGGCUGCCUGGCCCUCUAUGACUCCAAGGAGUCGCUGGCCUACGUGGUGGAGAGCGUGGAGAAGAGCCGCGAGGCCACGCUGGGCCGGCGCGGCUCCCGCCCGGCCCCGCUCCCGCUCACCCUCCUCCUGGUCAACCGGCGGGGCGGGGAGCCCGGCGGCGACAGCCCGGCCAGCCUGGUCCAGCAGGGCCAGCAGGCGGCCGCCCGCCUGCGCUGCGACCUGGCUGAACCCGCCGGCCGCGGCCUGAGCGAGAGGCACGUGGCCCAGCUGCUCAAGGGCCUGCUGGACGCCCGGCGGGCCCUGGACCCCGGCCCCGCCGGCGGGCCCUCGCCGGGCCCCGGGGACGUGGCCGACGCCGACCUGCGCGUCGUGGUCUGCCUCAUGUGCGGGGACCCGCUGGGCGCCGACGACCUGCUCCUGCCCAUCCUGCGGGCCCCUGGCGGGAGGCCCGCCCAGCGCGCCGGCCCCCACUCGGUCCUGCUCGACCUGCCCCUCGGCCCCCACCCCAAGCGCCUGGAGCUCUGCGUCCUCUCCUACCACGCCGCCUUCGGCCUGCGCAAGACCCGCCUGGUCCACGGCUACAUGGUGGUCUUCUCGGCCCAGCGGCGGGCCUCGCUGGCCAUGCUGCGCGCCUUCCUCUGCGAGGUGCAGGACAUCGUCCCCGUGCAGCUGGUGGGCCUGGCGGGCGAGGCCGCCGACGGCCCGGCCGCCGAGCAGCUGGGCGAGGCCGAGGAGAUUGCCCAGGAGAUCGCCGGCCGUUUCGCCGGCCUGCUGCCUGCCACCCAGCCCCCGCCCCGCCUGGACCUCUUCCACCCCUUCUUCCAGGAUGUGCUGGACAAGAAGAACAUCGUCGAGGCCACGCAUAUGUACGACCACGCGGCCGAGGCCUGCUGCGGCCCCGCCGACGACCCGCCCCUCCGCUCCCCGCGCGCCGGCUCCCCGCUCCUCUGUAACUCGCACCCUCCCGACUCCGAGGAGGACGCCGAGACCCCGCUUCCCCCCCCCACCCCCCUCCUCCGGAGCCCCUUCCGCGACGAGGCGGCGCCCACCCUGCCCGUGGAGCCCCCCAGGCUCCCGGCCGAGCCGGAGCCCGGCGACGGGCUGGCCUUCCUCGUCAGCGCCUUCGAGAGCCGGCUGAACGACCGGGGGCCCCCCAAGCCCAAGCCGCCGCCGCCGCCGCCGCCGCCACCGGCCGGCCCCUUCGAAGCGGCCCCCCUGGACCCGGGCCUCCGGGACGGACCCCGCAGGUCCUUGGCGGCCGGCCCCUGGCUGCCCCCCGACGGCUUCGACCCCUCCGACUACGCGGAGCCCCUGGAUGCGGUGGUCCGGCCACGCAGCGACGAGGAGAACAUCUACUCGGUGCCUCACGACAGCACCCAGGGCAAGAUCAUCACCGUGCGCAACAUCAACAAGGCCCAGGCCAACGGCGGCGGCAACGGCAGCGACAGCGAGCUGGACAGCGGCUCCCUGGAGCGGGGCCGCCCGGCCGCCGCCGCCGCCGCCCGCAAGCCCGCCCUUUACCGUGCCCGCUGUGCCCGCUUGGGGCGCUUUGCCCGCUACCGCAGCAGCCUGAGCGUGGGCAGCGACGAUGAGCUGGGGCCCGUCCGCAAGAAGGACGAUGACCAGGCCUCGCCGGCCUACAAGGGGGACAACGCCGUCGUCCCUUACGAGGCGGAUGAGGACCCCAGGAGGAGGAACAUUCUGCGCAGCCUGCGCCGGACCACCAAGAAACCAAAGCCCAAGCCCCGGCCGUCCAUCACCAAGACGAUGUGGGAGAGUAACUAUUUUGGGGUUCCCUUGGCCACGGUGGUCACUCCUGACAGGCCGAUUCCCAUCUUUAUCGAGCGCUGUAUUGAAUACAUUGAAGCGACAGGGCUGAGUACCGAAGGCAUCUACCGUGUGAGUGGGAACAAGUCUGAGAUGGAGAGUCUUCAGAGGCAGUUUGAUCAAGAUCACAGCCUGGACCUGGCCGAGAAGGACUUCACCGUGAACACGGUGGCCGGGGCCAUGAAAAGCUUCUUCUCCGAGCUGCCCGACCCCCUGGUGCCUUACAGCAUGCAGAUCGACCUGGUGGAGGCUCACAAAAUCAACGACCGGGAGCAGAAGUUCCUCGCGCUCAAAGAGGUGCUGAAGAAAUUCCCCAAGGAGAACCACGAGGUCUUCAAAUAUGUCAUCUCUCACUUGAACAAGGUCAGCCACAACCACAAAAUCAAUCUGAUGACGAGCGAAAACCUGUCCAUCUGCUUCUGGCCCACGCUGAUGCGUCCGGACUUCAGCACCAUGGACGCUCUGACGGCCACCCGCACCUACCAGACAAUCAUCGAACUGUUCAUCCAGCAGUGCCCCUUCUUCUUCUACAGCCGGCCGCUCUCCGAGCCGGCCGGCGCCACGCCCAGCUCGCCCUCUGCGCCCGCCGCCGGCAUCCCCUUCCUCGCCCCCACCCCGCCGGGCAGUCAGCCGUCACCGCCUCAGUCUCCCCCGCCGACCCCCCAGUCCCCGGGGCAGCCUCCGCUGCUCCCGCAGCUUCAGGCCGAGCAACCCCCACUGUGACCAGCGCGAGGCCAGUGCGUGCUCGGGCCGCUCCGGCCGUGACGUCCACAGGGGCCCGUCGGGACCGGGCAGGUCAGGGUGAGGGGCACGGGCCCCAGAUUGGGCCCCACGCCGCUGGGCCACGGGAGGCCUCGCCCCGCGAGGGCCUGCACCGAAGCCGCGCGGCCGUUUCCCCAGACGCUGCCAGGUGUGGCCGCGCCGGCCGCUUGUACAGAACCGACUUUGAAACACCGCUCCUGACCCGGGAGGGCGGCGGGGGUCCGGGCCCCGACUAGGAAGCCCGAGGGCUGGAGCCGGCCCCCUCCGGCCUGCCGUCUCUGUCUGGGCUGUGCCCACCAGCCCUGGGCGCAAGGAACACUGGAACAAACACAACAGGAAAAGCACGAACACAAACCUCAUGUUCCGGCCCUGGUCUCGCUCCGGCAGCCAGGCCGGAGGAGCCGCGGGGCGGGAGGGAAGGGCCUGGCCUGGGGACCUGGGGUGGCCAGCUGUCGGCCCCGCCACGCGCGUCAGUCCAGGCUUGCCCUCCCCCGGCCGGCCCACGUCGGGCACCUAGCACUUAGCAGUAAGCGCUGAGAGCCGGAUCUGGCGUUCAGGGCCCCUGUGAAACACGCUACGUAAGUGGUUACUGAAACACCCUUGUUAAGCUCUGUGUGUAUGUGCGUGCGUGUGCGUGCGUGCGUGCGUGUUGUGAGCGGUGGGUCCCGACCGGUGGACCGGCGGACGGAUGGGCGGGCGGAGGCGGGAGGAAGCCUGCGUGCGGCCUA